AUGGUCGCCAGCAGCCACGAGCUAUCUCUCAAUCCCAAGAACAAAGUCUAUAUGACCGUUGCCUGGGCUCGCAGCUUGCGUUACCUGCCUACUGAUGGCCCAGAUGGUCUCUACUCUUUGGGAAACAAAAUUUUUGUCGUCGUCGUCGUCGUCUUUUGUCCACGAAUCGUAGCCAUCGCAUUGUCAUGUUCACUGCGCAGCUUCAUUUCAUCGCAAAGCGAAUGUCGCCGCCUCGCCGCCGAUCGCCUCGGUUGGCAGCUGUUGGCUCUGCUGUCAAGACCUAAGACAAGUGUCAGUCCUGAACUGUCUUCCAUCGCUGAGACCGAUGAUGCUACUCAGCAACCCGCCUUCAAGUCACCCAGGCCCAACAGUAAAAAUGCAGACCAAGAGCGCGACGCGCAUAGAGAACCCCAAAGACAGCUCCCGACCUGCGCCAUCCCACGAAGAAAUGCACCCCAGUUGAACAGGGACACGGAAUACUCCGAUGCUCGAUUCCUGCCGUGCUGCGUCGACACAAAUGAGCGACGCAAGGACGAACAAGAAUGGCCUGCGCUUUGA